GGAUUAGAUGAAAAAUCACAGAAAAUCCUGUAGUUUUUAUAAAUCCAGGCUGUUUGUAUUUUUCCUGCCUAUUUCUCUAGGAUAAUUAAACAGUGAUGGAUUAGAAUUAGGCUGCAGCAGAGAUUGGAGGGGGGAUCUCCCGGCAUCCCUUGCUGCAGAAGCAUCCACUACCAGCAGUGAGCAGUGAGUGUAGCUGCCACUUUAACUGACACAUCUUAAAUCCUAUCUUGCAAAGCUCUGGGAUGCUGUCAGCCACCUCGGCAACUUCUUUGCUUGUGCCUGGUAAUUGAAAGUCUCCUUGGAGAACAAGGAAUAAAACAGAAUUUGAGGAAUUUUGUUGGCUUUUAAAUUGAGAAUUCUUUUUUAUUGACUUUUUAAAAUAUCUGGUAGAAGAGAGGGAAAGACAUCUUCAUAGUGGAACUGUAUUCAUUCCUUCAAAGUUAACAGCUGCUCUAAAUCUAUCUUCACCUCACUCCGAUAUGGCAACAAGCAACCUUCACUUUGCAUCCUACGAUACAAGACGCACAUCCAGACAGCUCGGAGGCUCUCAAGGGAGCAGUUCAUCGUCAGCCAAGGUGGAUCUCAAGAGUGGCUUAGAAGAAUGUGCAAUGGCCUUGAAUUUAUUUCUAAGUAACAGAUUUACAGAUGCCUUAGAGUUGCUUCGUCCAUGGGCUAAGGAGAGCAUGUACCAUGCGCUUGGCUACAGUACCAUUGUGGUGUUGCAGGCUGUCAUGACCUUCGAGCAACAGGACAUCCAAAACGGCAUUUCUGCCAUGAAGGACGCUUUACAAACCUGCCAAAAGUACAGGAAGAAAUGCACAGUUGUAGAAUCCUUUUCAAGUCUUCUCUCUCGAGGGUCACUGGAGCAGCUGAGUGAAGAGGAAAUGCAUGCCGAGAUCUGUUAUGCCGAGUGUCUCCUACAGAAAGCAGCGCUCACGUUUGUGCAGGAUGAAAAUAUGAUCAACUUCAUCAAGGGUGGACUCAAAAUUAGAACAAGUUAUCAAAUAUAUAAGGAAUGUCUUUCUAUUCUGCACGUAAUUCAGAAGAACAAACUUGAGCAAGAAUUCUUCUAUGAGUUUGAAGGGGGUGUCAAGCUUGGUACUGGGGCCUUUAAUUUGAUGCUGUCUCUUUUACCAGCAAGAAUUAUCAGACUGCUAGAAUUCAUUGGAUUUUCUGGAAACAGGGAGUUAGGCCUCCUGCAGUUAAGGGAAGGUGCCUCGGGAAGAAGCAUGCGGUCGCCACUGUGCUGCUUGACCAUCCUAGCUUUUCACACUUACAUCUCCCUCAUUCUGGGUACAGGAGAAGUGAAUGUUGUGGAAGCAGAACGUCUCCUUGCACCCUUCCUGCAGCAGUUCCCAGAGGGCUCACUCAUGUUGUUCUAUCAUGCCCGAAUUGAGCUGCUGAAGGGGAAUGUUGAAGAGGCACAAGAGAUAUUUCGAAAAUGCAUUUCAGUUCAAGAAGAAUGGAAACAGUUUCACCAUCUCUGUUACUGGGAGCUAAUGUGGAUUAAUGUAUUCCAGCAAAACUGGAUGCAAGCAUAUUACUAUUCAGAUCUGCUUUGCAAAGAGAGUAAAUGGUCCAAGGCAACAUAUGUGUUCUUGAAAGCGGCAAUUUUGAGCAUGCUUCCAGAAGAGGAUGUAGUGGCCACUAAUGAGAAUGUGGUGGCUUUGUUCAGGCAGGUCGAUGGCUUGAAGCAGAGAAUUGCUGGGAAGUCCCUGCCCACCGAGAAGUUUGCCGUGAGGAAGGCUCGACGUUACUCCCCCUCCUUGCCUGCACCGGUGAAGCUCAUCGUGCCUGCCCUGGAAAUGAUGUAUGUCUGGAAUGGUUUUUCAAUAGUGGGCAAAAGAAAAGACCUGUCCGAGAAUCUGCUGAUAACUGUCGAAAAGGCUGAGGCAACGCUACAAAAUGAGAGCGCUAGCGAAUACUCUGUAGACGAUGAGUGCUUGGUGAAGUUACUUAAAGGAUGCUGCCUCAAGAACUUACAGCGGCCCUUGCAAGCCGAACUGUGUUUCAACUAUGUCAUGGAAAGUGAAAAGCUACUGAAGUAUGACCACUACCUAGUGCCCUUCACUCUGUUUGAGUUGGCAUUUUUGUAUAAAAGCCAAGGGGAAAUUGAUAAGGCCAUAAAGGUCCUAGAAACCGCAAGAAACAACUACAAGGACUAUUCCCUGGAGUCCAGACUACACUUCAGAAUCCAGGCAGCCCUGCACCUCUGGAGGAAACCUUCCUCAGAACGUGAUUGAUCAGAACACCAACUAUGGAAUGUUCCCUCACUUGGCAUCACCACCUGCUAUAGAUUAGAUCGUGUAUUAAAGUGGAAAUAUGUUUAUGUGAAUAAGAGACAAAAAAAUCCAAUUUUAUUAUCAAUAUUUGCUGUCAUCUGAAUGAUGAUUUACUGUUGGUCUACAUAAAUUUUUUUCCCUAUGGAAUUAAAUUCAAUAGUAUCUAGAAAAUUUUUAUUUUUUGCAUCUCCAAAAAAGAUUUCAUAUUAGAUUUUAAUUGGGAGGUGGAGAAGUCUUUUAAAAGACUUACAGACACAUGUAGUCUAAUUAGAUUAGUUAUUUUUUAAUAUCGAUGUGAACACUGUUUAAGUAGCAAAUGUCCUACAUGUUGAGCCAUUUUUAGAUUUCUUGGUCAGUUAAACUUCAGAGGUAUUCUGUUGCCCAGUAUUUAAAUUUCAGAGGAGAAAUAAACAUCACUCAUAUUUUAAAAUAGCUAAACAAUGACCUUCUGAAAACUCUGAGGAGAGCAGGUGGAGGGCAUGGACAAGGAUGGGACGAUGCAAUUUGUGGUUUAAAGACACUUGCAUCCAUGUGAUGAAAUACUAAGUUAUGGGCUUUUUUAAAAAAAAACUUCAUGUUGGUUAAAGGUGGUGACAUUUUUGAGAGACUAUCCAGUUUUUGAAUGUAUUUAAGUCUAUUAUAGCAAAAUUUAGAAUUAAAAAAACCUGUAUAUCUAAAGGGAAAUAAAAGUCAUAUUUUGGAAAUUAUCCUUAAUCUUAGCAAUGAAGCCUGAAAUAUAUACAUUGGUUAUUUUUCUUAUAGGAAGCAAAGUUCCUGCUGCUUUAAAUGAUAUGUAAUAUAUCCAUAGUUUUUACUUCUGUGUCAGUGAGCAAGAUCUAAUUUUCUAAUCUCUCUAGCACUGUGAUUAUUCCUUGUAAAUAUUUGGACUUGUGCUUAUUAGUCCUUGAGUUAGAUGACAGGGCAUGGAGUGAGAAAGAGCCCAGCUCCAUAUGGUCCUGGCUCUGCCACCAGUGAGCAGUUAACAAGGUGACCUUUAGGGGGUCCCUGGCUCCUUGUGCCUCUCACCGUAUUGUCAUCUGUGAAAUGGACAAAGAACAGAUGACUUCCAAGGUCCCUUUCAGCUUUAUAACUGUGAGUCUGUGUAUUUAUUUUUUACAAUGUUAUGUGUAGUCCAAACCACUCCCACCUACUGUGCCUUUUAUUUUUCAAUCAUCACCAUUCCUCCCCCUACUUCCCCGGUAUGUGUAGUGUGGCUAAGGACCAGAAUGGAUCCAGAGAAAGGAAAAAAAGUUCACGAGUUGACAAAUCCAGGUUUUAUGCUUUCUAUUUCAGUUUUGAAGAAGAGGAACUUUGUCAUGGAAUCCUAUACAUUUGAACAGGAAAUGAGGAGUUUAUCUUUGUUGGUUACUAAUUCCAUGACUUGAAGUAAGUGAGUGACCCUUUCUGGGCCUUGAUGUCUUCAGUGGGGAGAGCAGCAUUAGGGUUUCUAAGCAUCGGUUACCAUCUCAAAGCUAUUGACUGAGGUUGUAAUCUUUGAAAGAAGCAUGGACAUUCAAAAAGCUAUAAAUUUAUUAAUGCUUUUGGCACCAACAGUAGCCCAAAUUAUGAAUUUGCUCCUUCCUUGCUGUUCCCGGUUGCAUGAGCCUAUGUGCAAAUGGUGUUUGGUGUUAUUUCUUUCAAGGUACUGAUUCUUUUUAUUUUUAAUGAUUUAUUUAUUUAUUUGAAAGGAGAGUGACAGAGAGAGGGAGAAAGAUUUCCCUCUGCUGGUUCAUUCCCCAAAUGUCUACAACAGUUGGAGCUGGGUCUAGUGAAAGCCAGGAACCCGGAACUCCAUCCAGGUCUCCCAACUAGGUAGCAGGGACUCAAGUGCUGGGGACAUCAUUUGCUGCAUUCCCAGGCACAUUAGCAGGAAACUGGAUUGGAAGCAGAAUAACUGGGGCUUGAACCCACACUCUGAUAUGGGGUGUGGGAGUCCCAAGUAAUGGUUUAAUCAGCUGUGCCUCUACGUUGGCUCCUAAGGUGCUGAUUCCUGAUCAACACUUAGGCUGCAUUUCCAGUGCAGGAUGAUUAACACAACUUGAGUCAGAGUACCACUUCUUCAGAUAGAUCAGUAUGUGCUAUAAACAUGAAUUAUGUAACUUUAAUUACAAAGAGGAGAUAGAAUUGACUGUCAUUAUAGUUUAAGUUGCAGUGGAAAAUAUGUUCCAGAAUUAUUGUUGUGUAUAAUUGUAAAAAAGCUUGUAAAUUGCUUAGGUGAGCUCUGGUAGCAUUAUUUUGUAAAGCAUAUAUACCUGUAUUGUUUUUGUGGGAAGCUGCAAGUCAUAGCUGAGUCACUCAAUGUUCUACUGUAAAAUGAAAAAUUUUUAAGCUAAUAGUUGUUUUAUUUUAACUAUUUUGAAAGACAUAUAACAGAGAGUCAUCUGUCCCAUAAAUGUUUUCCUUUGUUAUGUUUUCUUAUUUUGCUUUUAUUAUUACUUCCUGUUCUUUUGAUGGACAAUCUAUGCAGUGGAUGUUUAAGUACUGUAAUAUCAUUAGUGCUAGAGAUGUUUGUUUCCUGAUAUGUUCAAGGAAGUGUACUGGCACCAGUUGCUGGCGACAUCAGCUAAUAUUACAUUUUUGGAAUUACUUUAUGAUUUUUAGGAUAUUCUUUGAAGAAUGAAUAUUGAAGUAGCAAUGUUUUAUUUAAUCUUUUGAGGUGCAUAUAUGAGGGGAUUGGACUGCCAGUGUGUCUGACAGUGCAAUUUGUGUAGUUCCUGGUAUGAUUGCCUUUUUUGUGGUUGUUUUGCUUUGUUUUCUUUUAAAUGGGGAGUCUGAGUUCUGAUAGGUGCUUUAUAAAGAGGUUGUGCUUUGUAGGGAUAAUGACAAGGAAAGCAUGAUUCCUGCUUGACAAUUAAUGGAAAAUUAAUUACAGCUGCUUUUGACAUAGAUGCUGAUGUUCUCUAUGCUCCUGGGUACACAAAGGUCUCAAGUCAUAUGGGAUAAAAUUAAUUGAUUAUUUCUCUCUUCAGAGAGCAGAGAUGAAACAGAAACUGUAGGGAGGUGAAUUCUCAAGGAAUAAUUUCUAAUCAGUGGAACAGUCCAAGAGGCUGAUACAGUGUGACUAGCUCUUUUGCAAAAGAGUGAAUAUAGCAGCAAUAUGUGACUGUUAUUCAGACCUGGACUAGAAGCUUGGAAAACUUGGACUAGUUGGUUGUUGAGGCCACGCUAUGAUUCUUGCUCAGGGCUUCAAGUCAGUGGGUUGUGUGAAGUUGUUAGUAGAGGUAGGUACAUUAUGAUAGGUUCUGAAAGUACCUGUUAUUAAUACAGGUUAUUAAUUCCACUUCUGUUGUUUUGCUAGUAGAGAUUUUCCACCCCUUGGAUAUUUAAAAAAAUUAUUUUAAAAAUGGUCUUUGAAAACAACUAGAAAAAUUUCUGGAGUUUCUCUGGUUAAUUCUCAAAACUUUUUCACAUCUUGUCCUUUCCAACCUCUGAACAGUAUUGCUUCUCCUUCCUUCCUGCUUGGCCAGUACAGUGGCCACGUCCCACAUGUGGCUUUUGAGCCCAUGGGAUGGCGAGGGCACGUUGGUACUGCCAAGUGUCAAGGGAGCAUUCUUCAUGCAUGCACUUUUCUUUAAAGGCCUUCCAAUGUCUGGCUUCCUAGAGUUCUGGCUUUGACCUGCCAUCUACUCUGCCUACCCUCUCACCAUGGUAACAUUGUCAGAAGCACGGCUUUUUCUGUUCAAGUGCCCUUAAACUGUCAUCAUGUUUGCUCUGCAGGUGAUGAAGGUCAUUGGCAUGUUUGAAUGUGUGCUCUGCCACUUCCAUCCAUGCAGAACUCCUUAUUCUUAUUUGUAAGAUUCCUAUUUAAAUCUAAUUUUAUAGACAUUCUUCACUUUUCCAGGAAAUACAACUGUUAGAAUUGUAGAAGAGUGAUUCUUACAUCUGAGAUAGCAGAUUUCAUGAUUAAAUUAUCUUCCAAGAUAAUAAUAUUCUGAAAAAUUCAGUGACAUCUUUUCAAGCACUUUAUGUUAUCAAGGUUUUCCCAUUGACUCAACUGGCCUAGUAGUUCUAAAGGUUCUUAGAUACAAAUUAGCUACUAAGAAAAUAAUUUGGCAGAUUAUUUAUUUAAUAUUAUGAAUUUUAUGCCUUUUGCUGCCUAUUGAUUUUUCUGAAAAUUGCUGAUACCUAAGUUACAUGCAUAAAUAUAAUUAAGACCUAUUUUUGGUCUCUUUAGACUGUGCUUAAUUAAUUGCAGCUAGUUAAUUGCAGUUAUUGAUCAGUAGAUAAAUAUAUAACACUGUAUAAAUAUUAAAUAGACAAUGUUUUAUACUAUUCUUUCAGAAGAAUUAUAUGAUUUUUUCUACAUUGUUCUUCCUCCACCAACCCAAUUACUUACAUUCUUUCUCUUUAAGUAUCAGAUUGCUUAUUGUAGAACAUAAUAUUGCUUCCUUGUUGGUAGUUUGUCUUUCAUACAUUUGCUAUUAGAUUUGGUGGCUUUAAAACUGUUGAACUUGAAAUGUAGGGAAAAGUACAUAUGAGAAUUUUUACCAUCAAGGAAAACCUUUUUGGGUUGAGUAGUUAGGAUUUGAUCAUGAUGCUUGAAACUGCUUCUUCAGAGGUACUGUUGAAAUCCAACCCAGUCCAGUCUGUCUGUAGCCUCAUCAUUUCAGAAAAAAAUGACACACGGACUACUUAGCAUAGAGAGAUGGCUGAGCAGGUUCUUGGCCUGAACUAUUCAGCGGGAUCUGUAGAUCCAGCUUCAGAAGACAUGUAAGCCCCAUUCCUUCCUAUGGACAGUGUACCCGUGACAUGUGUCAGCAUAGUAAUACUGUAACACGACUUUGUCUAGAAAAAGCAAAGCAGCUGCCUCAUUGUAAUAAUGCCUACAGAUGCCUACAGACUGAAUGCUUAAUAGGAAAAGUCAAGUACUUUAAGACCAAACUUCAUGAAGUAAAAUUUGUUGCAUAGUAACAAACCAGUAUACCUUGUAUGAUAAUCUAGUAGUUCUAAGAAAUGCAUACUUUAAAUGGUGAACUUCAGGGAUGCUGGCACAUCCUAGUGGGAAUUUUUAUUUUAUUGCUAUGUAAUAUCUUCUAGUAAAUUGGUUUAAUUAUUGGUAGUUGGCAGGCACCAUUUGGAGAAAAAAGUAAAAGAAACUGAUCUCACCUAAGUAAAUAACCAGUGAAAUUGAAUUAAGAAUUUAAAGUAGAGUACUUUUUUCAACUUUAAAGGAAUUAUAUUAUUUUGAAAUGCUGGAAGGUUUUAUUCAGUGUGAAGGUGUGAUGCUCUGUGCUUUGGGAAUCACACAGACAUUUGAAUUCUCUAUUGUUGAUGAAUCCGAAUGGCCAGGUGGCAGUUUUGGGGGUGGUAAAUAAGUUUAAAUAAUUUUCAUUAAUUAACUUUUUUCCUAAAGAGAUUGUUCAUAGUAUACAAUUGCUUUCUGUAGAGAGAUUUGUGAUAUUUUUUAAAGAAAAUAAUUUAUAUGAAAAGUUUAUGGUAAACACCUAAAAUCUUAGUAUAUUGCUUCAAUUUAAUGUCCUAAGAAAACAGUGCUGUUGGGUUCUGUUUAAGAUCUGUAGAGGGAGAAUAUGUGUAUUUCACUGUUAUGUGCUGACCAGAAAAAUUACUGAAUUCUCAAUAAAAUGUUGUUUUCUGAUACUGUAUUGGGGAAAAUUCUGUAACUAGUUAAUGUUUUAAAAUUAUGUUUCCCUAUUGCUGACUCUUGGCAUCCAAAUACUUAAAUGAACACCAAUUGAGUAAUUUACCUAAAAAAGAACUUCAAAAAGUUUGUGGAAAAAUUGGAUUAAAAGAAAUGUAUUUUAGCAAAGGAAUUUUGAAUUUCACUUAUACUUUUUUCAAAUACACAUUUUCCAUGAACUUUUUGAAGAUCCCUUUGUAGUAGUGUUUGAAAUAUUUAUUUGCAAAUGUGGAUAGGGACAUCUAUGUGUUUUCAUGUAAGUUUCUAAAUUAUAAGUAUAGCCAAAUAUAUAUAUAUAUGUAUAUACAUAUAUACAUGUGCAUAUAUAUAUAUAUAUAUAUAUAAUGAAAAUGAUUAGUUCAUUACUGAAAUUUAUUCCCAAAGCUUCAUUUGGGAAAUUGUGCUUUGCCUUAAAACAUACAAAAUAGACCUGUCUUGUGAUGUAGGCACCUAAUCAUAAUCUUAACUUGACGUGUAAGAGGAUUUCUACUUUCACAACAUGUGUUUUUCCACUUUUGCUUGAAUUAAACAAAAGUAAGGUUGGAAGCCUUAGCAUUUUGUAACUGAUGGGAAAUCUCCUGUUGGAUCAUGACAUCCAAUCUACCUGUAUGUACUUUGCAAUGCAAUUUUCUCUUAGUAAAAAUCAUCAACAUUUUAUCUCACUCUUUCUUUAUUACAUUUGAGCUUAGAUCUCUUUCUUUCCCAUUCUCAGUGGUCACACUUUUACAGAGAAAAACAUUUUUAGAAGCUGAAGAUAUAAUUUCUAUGUAAAAUGAAUGUGUUAGUAACAUCCAUCUGCUGAUCAAGUAGGCACCGGUUCUGGUAUCAGAAAGUGAAAUAGAUUGUCGCUAUCAAAGCAUUUUAUCUACACAAGUGACAAAGAAAACUGUGAAGUUCUGAUAUGUUUAAUAUAGAAAUGACAUUCCCAAUGAGUAUUCUCUUGCUGAUUUUGUGUUAAUGGUAUCAUCUAUGAUUUGUGAGUUAAUGCUGAUGUGAGACCUAAGUUUCCAACAUGGAGACAGCAGUCCCCAUAGCCUAUUUUUACCAUUAACAUGUUUUUGAAAACAGAUGUCAUCUUAGAAAUUAUAUUUUUAAGUGCAGAUAGAUGAUCACAGCUUGAAAGUCAACAUGUUUUAUUUUUGAUUUCUUAGUAUUAUAAGAGUACUGUGUGUCAUUAGAUAUGUGUUUGAGUUGGAGAUUUCCUCAGAAAUCUGUAUUUUCAUAUUGCUACAACUGGUUUACCUGCAACAUGCAAUUGUUAUUUAAAUAAAUUACAGUUGAUGGACUUACA